AUGACUGAGAGAAGAUAUGACGGAUCUGAAAACAAGGGGCCCGUUGUAGACUACACAAGUGCCAAGUAUUACCCUGCUCCUGCCCCUUCAAAUUAUGCGUAUGACCAUGUUUCUGCUUCUGCUUGUGCUAACGAGGAUCAUGGGGUGCAUAAGGACCCUCUGGGUCUGGAAGACUUUUCCGGUUUCUCUAUGGGGUGUAUGAAGCAACCACUGCUGGAAAGAACGGCUUUUGGUGGAAGCUUUCCCGCACAGGUAAGAUUCAGAAUUUACAAGGAAUGUCUCCCCUUGCCUGAGAGUGGUUUUAAACAUGCUAUUCUAGAUAACUACCAGAAGGGCUCCAAGAAGUUUAACCCCAUUCUCAAUUGCCAACAAGUAAGCCAUUUGUUAUCACUGUUUCAUCCUCUUACCACACAAUCACCUGUCAAAUAUGACAAUUCCUAUAUAAAGGAUCAAUACCCAAGCCUGCCUCCUUCAGGCACUACAUAUUAUAACUCAACGCGUAUCAGUCAAGCCCCACAAGUGUUGUUUCCUCAAUAUGUUCCACAGGCAGUCCUAGUUCAGCAGUGGGAUGGUCGUGGAUACACAGGAAACAUGGGUCUUUUCCAUCAUGCAGACCAACCUGCUGUGCCAAAUGCAGGUUCACAAUCAGUAAUGCCAACUCAAUAUACGGAGGAACAGUUUCAGUCCACAGCAACCCUGCCUUCCAUGAAGGAUCCAAAUGCAUCUUCGUUAUAUGGCGGUCUUACUUCACCAAUGUUGGACCCUCAGCCUCAGCCUCAGUAUAUUCAACCGAGUGUCAUACACCAACAGCCUGCUAGCUAUGGAUACAUGUCAUACACGGGCUACAUUUAUCCUGCUGUGCAACCACAAGCUGUGCCAGCUCCAAAUCAGACAUAUUAUUCUGCACAAGUGGAUCACAGUUACUCCGCUGAACUACCUGCCUCACAAGCACCCACAUCAUAUGAAAGUUAUCACAGGCACGAGGCCACACAUGAUGAAGUGCCUACUGAUCAACAAACGAGCUUGGGAUAUGGGUACAAUCACCUUUGAAGACGGAGACUGGAACAAAUUUACAGCAGGGGAAUGCUGCCGAAUACUACAACCUCUACCAAGUGCCUACAGUCCAGUAUGUUUCAUCACCUGCACAAACCACACACCUCAACAACAUUGGAAGCACCUGAGCUCCCAAGCUACUAACCUAAUGUCAAACUGGUUAAUUGGACAUCUCAAACAUGCUGGUAACAUGAGCAUAGCUUUGCCUGGUUGUUAUCACUUCACCUAUUUAGUUCAGGUUCUUGGUUUAGAACGAUAUAUCAGUUUGUUAUAAAUAGUUACUAGGAAUGAUGCAUUAGCAUUGUAGCUCGGGUGGUAAAGGCUGCUAAUGUACCCUUGCAGAAUAGUUGGUCUUGAAUCUUUAAGAUGCAAAAAACUACAUUUAAACGAAUGCUUCGUGUUUAAGAUGGAAAAUGCAACUAGUAGAUGAUUCGUUCUUCUCGUAA